CCGUGCAGUAGUCAGUCGGCCGUCAACCCUCACCUCAAACAGUCUGCACCUGUGAUAAGACAUCAUAAACCAGUGUUGUUCCUAAUCGAAUCCAAAGUUAAAAAAAUGUGCACCGAUGAUAGCUUUCUGUUUGCGACCCCAAGCGUGGAAAAGAUUCCGGAGAAGUACGACGAUCGCGUUGCUGAGUUGAACGACUUCUACAAAAAGAUUGCAUUCGAUCAGCUGCGUGAAGAUGACACCAUGCGCAAACAGGGCCUGGAGCAGUUUCGUGACUGGAUUGCAAAGCAUCCGCAUAUCAAAAAAUGCCGCACAGAUGCACCAUUUCUGUUGCGGUUCCUCCGUGGCAAGAAGUACUCCAUCAACACAGCUACCGAAACUCUGGAACGAUACCUGGUGGCUCGCAUGAUGUACCCGCAGUGGUUCACAAGGUUGGACAUUGAGGAACCACAACUUGCGACACUAGUUGAUACGGGGUACCUGUUUCCAUUACCGGAACGAGAUGCUCAGGGACGUGCGCUGAUCUGCAAUGACACUGCCCAGCUGGACCCUACAAAGUUCACCGCAGCGGACGUGCUCCGUAUUCACAUGUUGGUCAACGAAUCCUUCUUCGACACCAACGAAGUCCAGUGUGCCGGUCUGGUACUAGUUUACGAUCUCUCCGGAAUGACCUUGUCCCAGCUGAGCUUGGUCACUCUCAGUGAAAUCCGUGUGCUGGUGUCCUUCUUGAAUAAAGCCUUCCCGCUGAGAAUUCAGGAAUUUCACUUUGUGAAUACUCCUGCUGCUACUCAUACUAUCGCUAACUUUGCGCUUGCUCUACUCAGCGAAAAGCUUCGCGAACGCGUUUUUUGUCAUAAAAACUGGGACGAGUGCUAUACGAAGCUGGACAAAAACCUACUGCCGAAGGAAUUCGGUGGAAAAAUCCCUCGACUGGAGAUGAUUGCUGCAUUUAAGGAACGCUGCAAGAAAAUGCGAAGUCGUAUGCAGUUGGUCGAUGAGAUGGAGAUCGAGCUCACCAAGGACUCAAAGUACUGGCAGGAGAAUUCGAAUGCUGAGAUGGAAAGUGGAGCCGUUGGAAGUUUUCGUCAAUUGACGGUGGAUUAAUGUUUUAUGUGUGUUUUAUGAAACACAGUACAAACUAUUUUACCUGAACUGUUAAAACAAUGAGUGAAUUAUAAUAAUUUCAUUUUUUUUACAACAUGCCAAAAGAGAUGUGUCCACAGUUUAAUUCAUACUAGAAAUAUACUUGCCUAAUAGGA